UGCAACCUCGGUUGAACCCACACAAAAGAACUCCUCCUUCUCAACCCAACUCGAAAAACAACUUGAACUCCAAGCCAAACAAUCUCCUCUUUGGAUUCUCCUCUACUAAUAUUAAUACUCCUAUCUCCCUAACAAAAAUAUUACAUUGAUUGAAAAUGGGAGAGAUUGUGUUCUUCGACGUCGAGACAACAGUGCCAACGGUGACUGGGCAGCGAUUUUGGGUGGUAGAGUUUGGAGCCAUCGUAGUUUGUCCCAGAAAACUUGUUGAGAUUGAGAGCUAUUGUACGCUUAUCAGACCUAAUGAUAUCUCUGCGGUUGGAGCGAAGAGGUUCAGUGGUAUUACAAGAGAGGCCGUGGCUGAGGCUCCGAGGUUUGAGGAGGUGGCUGAUAAGAUUUUCGGAGUUUUGAAUGGGAGAGUGUGGGCAGGGCAUAACAUUCAGAGAUUUGAUUGUCAUCGGAUUAAGGAGGCGUUUGCUGAUAUCGGUCGACCGGCACCUGAGCCUAUUGGAGUGAUUGACUCCUUAUCUGUGCUUGGGCAAGGAUUUGGUAGGAGAGCAGGUGACCUCAAGAUGGCAACUUUGGCUUCAUAUUUUGGUCUCGGGCGACAAAAACACAGAAGUCUGGAUGAUGUCCGGAUGAACUUGGAAGUCCUCAAACAUUGUGCAACUGUGUUAUUCUUGGAGUCCAGCCUUCCAAAUAUACUUUCUAACAACAGAAACCUGGGAAAUAUGAGCAUGAUUACAAGGAGCAGAGCCAAUGAGAAAUCAUGUAGAGAAGAAGCCAGCAAAAAAUCGCCUCCCGUGAACUUUGGAACCACCAGAGCAGUUCCUUACCAAAGGAACAGAUUGGGGAAGGUGGUGGAGAGAGCAAGGGAAGCAUUGCGAGGAUCUCAGGGAGCAAGGCCAAUAAAUAGCAUCCUAAGGCACUCGCGCUCGCUAUUGAGAUGAUAAUGAAAUUAGAGGCAGAAGAGUAAUAGAAGAUAUAUAAUCCUCAGAUUCUAAGGCUCUUGAGGAGAGUUUUAACAAGGAUCCUCAAGAUGAUAGUUCCGCUGUAUCUGAUUGUAUUCUUUUCUUACUCAUUUUUGCUUCCACCUCUAUUGUCAAUGAAUUACUUGUACAUAUAAACGAGGUUAACUAUAUCCAUAAAUUGUCAGUAAUAAAAAAUUUG